UAUACCAAACUGUCAAUGUCAUUUUCCAGUCAAAAAUUAUAGCUUUGUUCUGUGGUUCUUUAUUAAAUUUCUUGCGAUUUGUGAAAUAUCGUUUUAGAAAGUAAAAGCAUGCCAGAGAUGACCGAAGUCGAGAAACCCGUAGUGGCAGAAGCUAAACCAGAAAAACCAGAACAGAGUGCGGAAUCGUCUACAGACAGCGACUCUGAUGAAGAAAUUCCCGAACUGGAAGAUGCGGGCACCGCAAAUGCCGGUUCUACAGCUUUCCCUGGAGCAUCCGCUGCAGGACUUCCUGUUGAUAUGGUCUCGAAAGCUAAGCAAUCUCGCGGCGAAAAAAAAGCCAGGAAAAUAAUGUCAAAGUUAGGACUUAAACCAGUUCAAGGAGUUAGUCGCGUAACCAUCCGCAAAUCAAAGAACAUCUUGUUUGUCAUUAAUAAACCAGAUGUGUAUAAGAAUCCUGUCAGUGACACAUACAUCGUAUUUGGCGAGGCUAAAAUCGAAGAUCUUUCUCAACAGGCACAAGUUGCAGCAGCUGAGAAAUUCAAAGAGGUUAAUCCUGCUGGUGAUGGUGCUUCUGGCGCCACUACAACAUCCGUGGCUCCGAUUGCAGAGGAGUCUGAAGAUGAGGAAGUUGAUGAGACUGGAGUUGAAGAUAAGGACGUUGAGCUUGUCAUGUCACAGGCGAAUGUCAGUCGAGCGAAGGCUAUAAAGGCGCUGAAAAAUAAUUCUAAUGAUAUAGUAAAUGCCAUUAUGGAACUUACAAUGUGAAUAUUUUUUCGAUGUUUAGCGUUUUAUUAUAAUCACAAUUAUAUUGUAUUUAAGAGUUGUUUUUUGACGUUAUAGUGUGUAUAUAAAGUCAAAAGUGUUAGCCAUUUAGUUUUACAAAAAAAACUUAAUGAUUUAUCAAACAGAACGUGACAAGAUUCAAAUAUUUCAGAUUGUAUCAGAGUAAUUUACUAAAUCAUGAUAACGUUUAUUUAAAGCCAAUUUGUUGUGACAUGUUUACAGGAAUUCAAUUUCAAUGUCUUGAAGUUAUUUUAUUGAAUAAAAAUAUGGACUAUUUUUCAGCUUA